AUGACACUUGAUACCCCCCUCCCAAGCAUAAAACCGAUUUAUCCCCCAACCCCAAUACCCUGCCCUAGCAACCCCUCCACCGAGUCGUCGUCAACGCAACACCUCAUCUCAACACUAGGCCUCAGCCCACAUCCUGAAGGUGGGUAUUUCAUAAAAACCGAUCGCAACCCGCUCCGGAUCGCAAACCCGUACUAUAAUGACAGCAAAAAUGUCCAUAGUAUAAACAAGCACAACGACAGUAUCCUCGGCAUAAAUACCGAAAUCAAGAGCAAUCCUCCGGAAAAGGGCGACGGCGACGAUGAGGAUAGAACACGAGCGGCAAGCACUUCAAUCUUCUACUUGAUCACACCCCGCUCGCCCCGGGGGGCAUUUCAUCGCAAUCGCAGCCGCACGGUGCACACGCUGCACCGCGGUCGGGGGAGGUACGUCGUUAUUCAUGCUGAUAGGGCAGCGUGUGAGGGAGGAAAAGCGUCGAUUGAGUCGUUUGUUGUCGGGCAGGGUAUUGACCGCGGGGAGCGGUUGCAGUGGGUUGUCGAGGGAGGCGACUAUAAGGCGAGCUAUCUCCUACCGGAUGGCGAUGGAGAAGGAGGUGAACCUUCAGGUUUGCUCAUAACCGAGACUGUCGUGCCGGGGUUUGAAGUGGCAGACCAUGAUUUCCUGACUCCGGAAGACAUGGAGAAGCUUCUCACUGAGGAUAAGGUCCGGGAGUUGGCAUGGCUGCUUCGAGAUCACGAGCCAUGA